GUCGUCAUUUGAAAGUUGUCUAAAAUGACAAAUCAAAAUAAAUACACUUUUAAAUAUUUUUGUUAAAUUUAAAUUGUUAUUUGAAGCAAAUUUUACGUAAUUCAAUGCGUUUUUGAAUUAAUACCGAAGUUAUUUAGGUUGACGUUUUGGUAACUCAAAGUCGAUUAAACAGAUAUGUCUCCAGAAAUUAAUGGAAACCCGCCAAGUGUUACAAAACGAAAGAAAAAUCGCGAGAAAAAGGAAGCAACCGAGUCGAUGAAUAACUUUGACUUGAACAUGCCAAGCUGUAAUUAUUUUCCUGUUAAUACCCUUCCAUAUCAGAAUUAUGAGGUCCCUAAUAACUACUAUUCUUUUAUCAAUUGUAAUUCCACUGAACCAAUGUCAUUGCCUUUGUACCCUAUAAGUUAUCAAGGUUACACUUGUCCAAGAAGUUAUAUAGGAAGUGUAAGUAAUGUUUCAAGAAAUUCUACAUUGUCCAAUCAGACCUACAACAUAAAUCCUGAAGUGGUAGAUUAUUUAAGUCUGCCAGUAGUGAAUGUUGACCAGAACGAUGAAUCUAAACGCAGAUUUUCUGAUCCUGGAUUACCAAAUGAAAGUGAUUCAAGCUCGAAUUCCUUUGACGAGAGAACCGUUCGUAAAUUAACUCAACAAGUGAAUUCAUUGAAAGAAAGCAACCAGAAACUUUCUAGAGAAGUUAUGGAACUACGCAUCGAAUUGAACCUGCUUAAGAAACAGCAUAAUGUCAGGCAUUUUGACAGGGAUUACGAACCGGGAAUGAUAACGGACGUAAUUAGGGAAGUUAGGGAAGCAGCUAGGGUUCGAGAAGAUGCAUUACUAGCUCGUGUAAAACACAUAAUAGAAGAAAAGCAUUUAGGUGUGAAUCAUAUGAAUUUGGUAACUGAGAAGAAUAGGAAUAAUGACAGAAUCUCCAAACUUGAGGAGCAGUUGAAGAGUCUUACAGUGAGUAAUAACUCAAGGUCUGACGAUUCGAUCAUCUUAAACACAUCGUUAUCGGAGGACAAAAACAAAUCUGCUCGACAAGUUUUAGAUCUGGAACGGGAAGCGUUACAAUUAAGAAGAGAAUUGCAGGACACUAGGGCCAAGAAAGAAGAAGCCGACCACAAGCUUUUACAAUUGUCUAGUAUGUUACGUCGUAGCGAUGUUACACCAUCCGAUCCGUCCGAAGAUGGAAAAACAUCCGUAGACAGUCUUUCCACCAUAACAAGCACGUCAUCGGUAGCUCCACCCCUCAGAGUGACUUUAUCAGGACCUGUAACAGACUUGUAAUCUCAAGACAAUAUUCGACGAUCUAAGCUCUCUAUUUGAAAACAAGACUUAAUAGAUAUGGUUGAAGACAAGGUAAAACUAAAAUGAAAUAUAAGGUUGUAAUUUCAAGCAUUCCAUUGUUAUGUUUAUAAGCUUAUAUAAUCUAAAUUUACACAUUUUUUUUCAUAAAUUUGGUAGUAGUGUGGGGCAUCUGUGUUACCUUAGGUAUUUGUAAAUGUUUCUUUUGUUGGUGCUAGAAAAGUUAAAGAUAGUAUUUUUUAGUCUUUAUAAAUAACAAAAAAAAAACACAAAUCUGAAAAAAUACUUUAUCUAAAACUAAUGGUGAUACAGGGUGGCCGAAUGUUUAAUAUAGGGUUUUCUUUUUUGAGAUUUCUACUGAUUUUUUUUUUGGAGAUAUACAGUAGGAUUGAAAUAUAUUUGUACACUUGUAUGUUGUGUCUUUUUUGAUCACAUUUUAAAUAUAACAUAAUAUCGGAAUCUAUCAUAAACUUAUAUACCCAGGGGUUUUUAAAAUACGAUAAUUCUUAAACUAUAAUUCUCAGCACAUUUAAAGCUCUAUCAAAAUUAUAAAUAUCAUUUUUCCACUAUCAUUUUUUUUUAAUGAAAUACGAUUUGUUGUUUGAAUUUUUUGCUGUAACUGCUAGUAAACGCCACGAAUAUUUGGGAGUGAUUCAUCGGUCGCUACCAUGUGAACUAAUCUGUUCAAGGUCACAUAAAACUUAAUUCCAGUGCCGUGGUGUUUAAAGUCAUAUAAUAAUCAAUAUAUAAUCUGAGGUAAUUUGUUGUUUUAAGUUCAAAGUCUUGUGAAAACAUAUAUUUGGUUAUAAAUAUAAAAUGGAAAGCCCUAUUGGUCGCACAGCAAUAGACUGACGCAUAAAAACGAAUCAAUCAAAGAAACGCGAUAUAGUAUCGUCUUUGUCAAUCACGCUAACAUUUUAGAAUAAGUAGGAGGAGCGCAGGCAGAUGAUUAGACCGGGCCUUUAAA